GGGUUCUUAUUUGUUGGUUACAAUUAAAUUAUAAUCAGCAUUUUAGCCAAGGAGUGUGACUUUGAGAUUGCAAAUUUGUAUGACAAGAAAAUACAUAAUACAGUUGUGAAUAAAUGAGGACCAAACCUAAGUUUAUUUAUUUUUCUGUUAAUCACCAACUAUAUUUACUUCAUAGACUUCAAGAACAUAAUUAAGAACCUACUUAGCCUCACUUGCCAAUAACUACUCCAAGAUACAAGGACCUAUUUUGCUAGUCUUCACAAAAUGUAGGCUCUCACAGGCGGGUUUUAACUGUAUUUCACGUAGAUGAUCAGAUACAAUACCAGGUUUAAUUGUGGUUUGGCUUACGCCACUUCAGCUGUUAUUCGGAACGAUUUAGCAAUUUAGGAGACCAAGGAAUGGCUGUCUUACAUCUUAGUUUUAAAACAGAUGUUUUAAAAUGGUUCAAAACGAGGACAGAGCCGCACCAAAAUGGUUGGCGCAGGAGACGCCUACCAAAUUAAGGCUGGGCUCGACAUAUCAAGACUUAUGGUACCCUUGUCACGUUCUAAGGCAAGAACCUUUACUCCCACAGUGCCUCUAUAAAUCAACUUUUUCAACCUUAACUAUGUAAUGUUUUCUUAUUCAAGCAUAGAACAACAACGAAAGGGUAAUUCAGAUAUUCUUAAAUCUGUAUUACAAAAAAUAAAGUGGUGAAAGCGAGAAACUACGAUAUUCUGAUAUAAAUAUAACUUAUGUCUACUUCGUCUGAUGAAAAAUGCAGGUGUGGAAGCUACACCUACCACCUUAACAGCUGCGACUACAACGGAACUUACACCAACAACAUCUGAUGAAGGGACACCAAAAACCUCCCCGCAAGAAAAAGUGACAAUUUCUUUCAUAGAAGAAGUAGUCACAUCAUCCACAAUAACAGAUGAAGAAGAUAUAUCAUCUACACCGGAUCUAGAAAGUACAACGUCUUCAUCAAAUGAAGAGUUUUCAUCUUUCCCAGUUCAAGAAUUGACAUCAUCCAAACCUGCACUGGCAACAAAAGGAGCGACGCUUCUCCCAGAUAAAAUGGCAACGUCUUCAUUAAUCCUAGAAGGUACGACUUCUUCACCAGAUCCAGCAGGACCAACCUCUCCGUCAGAUCAAGAAGAAACAACGUUAGAACCAGAUCAAGAAGGGCCUACCUCUGCACCAGAUCAUGAGGCAACAACCUCAGCGCCCGAUGAACAGAGAACGACGUCUUCGCCAGAACAAGAAAGGCCAACAUCUUCACCAAAUGUAGAAGAAAAGACGUCAUCACCAGAUGAAGGAGGGACAACGUCUUCGCCAGAGGAAGAAAGGACGACGUCCUUUCCAGUUAAAGAGGAGACGACGUCCCCACCUGACGAAGAAGGGACCACAGCUUCACCUGAUAAAGAAGGAACAACGUCUUCGCCAGAGGAAGAAGAGGCAACGUCUUCGCCAGAGGAAGAGGAGACACCGUUUUCGCCAGAGGAAGAAGAGAUGACGUCUUUGCCAGAGGAAGAGGAGACAACGUCUUCGCCAGAGGAAGAAGGGACGACUUCCUCACCCGAUGAAGAAGGGACAACGUCAUCGCCAGAUGGAGAAGAGACAACGUCCUCGCCAGAGGAAGAAGGGACGACGUCCUCACCCGAUGAAGAAAGACCAACGUCUUCGCCAGAUAAAGAAGAGACAACGUCUUCGCCAGAGGAAGAAGGGACGACGUCCUCACCCGAUGAAGAAGGAACAACGUCUUCGCCAAAUGAAAAAGGAACAACGUCUUCGUUAGGGGAAGAAGGGACGUCCUUGUCAGUUGGAGAAGGGACGACAUCUUCUUCAGAGGAAAAAGGAACAAAUUCUUCCCAUGACGAAGAGGGAACAACCUCAAUGCUAACUGAAAAAGGAACAACGUCUUCGCCAGAGGAAGGAGGGACAACGUCUUCCCCCGAUGAAGAAGGGACAACGUCCUCGCCUGAUGAAGAAGGAACAACGGCUUUGCCAGAUGGAGAAGGAAAGACGUCCUCACCCCAUGAAGAAGGGACAACCUCUUCGCCAGAGGAAGAGGGGACAACGUCUUCGCUAGAGGAAGAAUUGGGGACAACGUCUUCACCCGAGGAAGAUGGGACAACGUCCUCGCCAGAUGAGGAAAGGACAUCUUCUUCGCCAGAGGAAGACGGGACAACGUCAUCGCCAAAGGAAGAAGGGACAACGUUUUCGCCAAAGGAAGAAGGGACAACAUCUUCGCCAGAGGGAGAAGGAACAACGUCCUCGCCAGAUGAGGAAGCGACAACGUCUUCGUUAGAUGAAGAAAGAACAACUUCUUCGCAAGAUAAAGAAGGAAAAACGUCUUCACCAGAGGAAGAAGGGAGAACAUCUUCGCCAGAUGCAGAAGGGACAACCUCUUCUCCGGAGGAAGAAGGGACAACGUCGUCGCCGGAGGAAGAAGGGACAACUUCUUCGCCAGAGAAAGAAUUGGGGACAACGUCUUCACCAGAUAAAGAAGGGACAACGUCUUCACCAGAGGAAGACGGGACAACGUCCUCGCCAGAUGAGGAAGGGACAUCUUCUUCGCCAGUGGAAGAAGGGACAACGUCAUCGCCAGAGGAAGAAUGGACAACAUCAUCACCAAAGGAAGAAGGGACAACGUCCUCGCCAGAGGAAAAAGCGACAACGUCUUCGCCAGAGGAAGAAUUGGGGACAACGUCUUCACCAGAUGAAGAAGGGGCAACUUCUUCACAAGAGAAGGAAGGGACAACGUCUUCGCCAGAUGAAGUAAAGACGUCUACACCAGAGAAAAGCCAACCUACCACAGUCCGGACCAUUCUCCCUAGUGUUCCCGUGGAUAUUUCCACCGCAGCUGUCUCAGACACCGAGCUUGAGGUAACCUGGAAACCACCCCGUCAAGGAAGUGAAGAUAUUGUGUUUUACUGGAUUAAAGUUAUUAACGUCAACGAAGGUAGGCCUGGUAAGAUUCUCCAAGUGUCUGGCGUUGUGAACUCAUUGACUGUCGAUUUACUAACCCCUGGAACUGAGUACGUGUUUCUGGUAUCAGCUGCUAAUCAGUAUGGAAUGGGACCAUGGUCGGAGGAAGUUAUCGGUGAAACGUCUUCCAUAAAAGCGAGAAUUGAAGAUCCAGUCGUGCAGCUCUCUCAUAACAGCGACUUUGUGGUUGCUGACAUGGACAAGAGUACCAGAACCAUCUGUUUCAUUCGUGGCCAGGAAUUUCUCGGUUGGUUCAAAUCCAGUGGCGAGCAAAUCACGGGGACAAGUCCAAGCGACAGAAUAUUCGUCGAGGUUGAAGACGACAGCUAUUCACUCGUAAUUCGGAGGCUGAUGUUAUCCGAUGGCGGCGAGUAUGUUUGUCGCGGAAGCAAAACGAGUGCAACUUACUCGCUUUACGUUGAAUUUUCUGUUGACGAUCCUCCUGCAAGACAAGUCUUGUGGUUAAACAAGGAAGGCGAGAUCUUCGUUGGUGUCAAGGUCGGCUAUCCUGCUCCUGAGUACCUCUGGAAGAAAGAUGGCGUCAAAUUUGACGCAAACUCCAGUCGCUAUAGUCUUCAACCUGACGGAACCAUCACAAUCAGCAGCGUAUCAGCUGAAGAUGACGGGGACUAUACCGUGAGGAUAUCACAACUAAACAGACGAAGGGAAACCACCGAAAGAAUUAAAGUCGUGGUGGUUGACCCCCCGCAGAUCGACACGACACGCCCAUCAGAACGAAAUCUAACCUUUGGUUAUCCGGCAAAAUUAGAAUGUUUAGUUUCUGGUAUACCUAAACCGGAAAUCACGUGGACGGGCCCAGAUGAAGAACCAGUCAUAGACUCCGAGUCAAAUUCCCGGAUAUCAAUUGACAGUGAGGGAAGCUUGAUACUCUCUCAGGCACAGCUCUCAGAUAUCGGCCCGUGGACCUGCGAGGCGAUAAACGCGGUGGGGACUGCCAGUCGACAAAUCGAAAUCCAGGCUAUAUAUAUGCCACCGGAAAUUCCCCAGCUUUCAAAUAUCACCGCAAACGAAGGAGAUGACGAAGUGCUUAACUGUACAGCUUCUGGAUUUCCACUUCCCACUGUGGUUUGGUUCAAGGACAACGAAGAAUAUCCAGGACAAUUGAAAAUACCCGGCGAAAGUGUAAUAAACCUGGAGAAUCUCGGCUUAGAAGACAUCUCUCAAUUUACUUGCGAAGCUUCAAAUGACGCCACCGAUGAGGAAGGAGAGAUCAUUGUGAAGAAAGCGACCAUUAAUAUCUAUGUUAUGGUGGAGCCCAGGCCAUUCGACUCAGACCUAUUGAAAGGACCCGUAUACAGUGUCCUUGGGAGCCCAGUUCCCAUCAGACUGGCGUGUGCUUUCACCGGUUACCCUCCCCCUGAUGUGCGCAUUGAAAUGAAUGACAAUGUUGUGGCGGUCGGUAUCGAGUCAGUUUGGGUCGAAAUCUCUACAGACAGUGCUGAUGACUACGGAGUUUAUUACUGUGCCGCCGAGAACGUGGUCGGUCCCUCCAAGUUAAAUUAUACCUUUGAGAUCAGACGUUCAGAUUCUCCAAAGUUCACUCUAGAGCCCAAGCUCCCCUCAAGGAAUCUAACCGCGGGUUUUCCAGUCACUCUGACUUGGAAUGUUUCCGGUAUACCCAAACCGGAAGUGAUGUGGAAGAACCCAUCGGGAGACAAUGUAUCUGCAGACGAUCCUCGUUUCUUGCUUAGUGAAGGAAAACUUACCAUAACGUCACUGGAAGAAAAAGAUGCUGGGAUGUGGACGUUAGAAGCGACGAACCCUUUGCAGACAACGACAACGAAUGUGGUCUUUGAUAUCAUUUACGUGCGUUCACAAAUUUCGCCGAUACCUGAGGUGGUGGUAAAUGAAGGGGAGAAUGCUUCGCUGACUUGUAACGCCUCGGGUGUUCCGACCCCGACUGUUGAGUGGAUAAAAGAAGGAGUUGCAUACUCCAACCAGAAGAAAUCACCUGGAAAAAGUGAGGUAUAUCUCCAGAAGGUAGGAAUUGAAGAUAACUCGCAGUUCACAUGUGAAGCCAAGAACGGGGCACAAGAUGACGAAGGAAAAGAAAUAUUUAGCGAAAAGAGCGCUAAAUUGAUCGUCAGAGUCGAACCAAGACUUGUCACCAGCAUGCUCAGAGCCAAGCCUGUUUUAUCUUACAUUGGCAACCCAAAGCCUACAGUCUUCAAUUGCGAAUUCAGCGGUUAUCCACCCCCUGAUGUAAGAAUCAUCAAGGAUGGCCAAGUUUUGGCGAGCAGCAAAGAAUCUCUCUCAUACAGUGUCCCAGUCGAUAGUGUGGACGAUUUUGGGGAAUACGUUUGUAUGGCUGAAAACGAAGUUAAAGUAUCUUCAAAAAAUUACACUUUUGAAAUAAUAUCAUCAGCUGCCCCAAGCAGCCCACGAGACGUCAGUGGAGAGGCAACUUGUGAUAGCGUAAUUUUAAGUUGGAGCCAUCCGAAGAACGACGGGGGAUUCCCCGUGAUAAACUACGUCAUCAGCUAUGAAAACAACACACUGGUCAUCCCCUCGAACACGACUGAUUACAUCAUUGACAACUUAGAGCACAGCACGGAAUACUCGAUCGUUAUACAGGCGCGAACCGAAGCUGCGAUCGGCGACGAGGCGCUUGUGGAACUUAAAACCACUCAGUUUUGUAAAGUGUCAUCUUGCGUGAACAUUGAACACGAUGAAGAAAUGUACACAUUGAAUGCGAGCCAGGGUCGCUGGCCGCGCGAUGGAUUUUGCCGCGCUCUGAGUGCCUACACUGCAACCGAGCCUGACAUGUACAGGAUAACCGCUGACUUCUAUGUUCCUGGGUUCAAGAGCUCAAUGUUGGUAAACUACGUCGGGGUAUUUUUCAACGCUGAAAAUGAGGACAAUUUCGAUUUGAUAUUCUUCAGGGUUGGCGCAAGCGGCAACCCGUGUUUCCAAACUGGGGAAAUCCAGCAAGGCCGGUUAAACUGGUACGAGUCCCAGAUGGGCUCCUGUCCACACGGCCCACCUCGCAGGGCACGAUGGAUCCAUGCUACGCUUGAGGUCCGAAAAUAUGACGUCUCCGUUUUUCUCGGGGGAGUUCACGUGACCUCCUUUAAAGGGCACUUCCCUCCCAAGGCAGCUGGCGGCGUGUUACUGGCUAAUCACCAUGGCAACGUUGUUCAAUUUAAGGACUUUGUCAUCGCUGACUUGCCGUCGCUGCCAUUUGAAACUAAGAGUUGCGCCACAGUGCAGGAUAACAUGAAGUACUAUUCUGUUAUAAGUCAAGGUGACUUCUGGGCGCACGGAUUCUGCCGCGCUCUUCUUAAAGAUGUUCAAAUGGAGGAGAGUUCUAGUUACCAGGUUUCCGUGGAUUUGUUCAGCGAGUUGGGCUGGAGCGGAGACCGCAUUGCGUACGUUGGAAUCAUGUUCAAUGCACGUGAUAUCAACAAUGCUGAUUUUAUUUACUUCAGGUAAUGUACAUUCAAAGUCAAUGUUUCUUACUGACAUUAAUGUAAGUAAGAAACAACGUACAGUGUCCUGCCCUUCAUUCAUUUACUUUUCAUUCGGCUCAGAGCCCAUGACGUGAUCUACAAAUAGCUUCACGCAAAUAAUUUUAGUGCUCAGCUCGGUUUACAUAUAGAGUUGUUGAGAUCUAUAGAAACAAUUAAACGAAUAGGAGUUCUGAAAUUUCCUCCCCCCAUUUCGCAACGCUCGUCUGUUGCAUGGUUACACCAGCAUUUUGUCUCCUUAAUAUAACUGCCCUAUGGACCGGUACCCAUUUCUACUCCUAGGUGGAGAGAAGCACUGUGAGAGUUAAGUGUUUUAU